AUGGCCGCGCCGCCCCCGGCCGCCCUCGCCUCGCCUCGCCCCGGCCCCGGCCGCGCCGCCCCCGGCCGUCCUCGCCCCGCCCCGCUCCCGACCGCGCGCCCUCGCCCCGCCCCGGCCAUGGCCACGCCGCCCCCGGCCGCCCUCGCCUCGCCUCGCCUCGCCCGGCCCCGGCCGCGCUGUCCCCCGGCCGCACCGCUCCGCCCCGCUCCCGAUCGCGCCGCCCUCGCCCCGCCCCGGCCAUGGCUGCGCCGCCCCCGGCUGCCCUCGCCCCGCCUCGCUCCGGCCAGCCCCGCCUCGCUCCGGCCAUGCUCGCGCCGCCCCCGGCCGUGCUCGCGCCGCCUCGGCGGCGCUCGCCCAGCCCCGCCCGGCUACAGUUCGCCGGAAUUUAGCCGGAUUCCGGCGAGGCGAAUCGCGAAAACAGUUACAUUUUCUAAAAUUUCAGCCCGCCACGAGUGGGGGGUUGGCCCUGUAUUUGGCCUUCCACCCCGCACAAGUAAGGGGCGAAGGCCCGCCCCGUAA